AGAUGACGCCCGACAGUGGUGCAGUGGCGCCAUGUCCGUAUGAUAAGCGCCGCCGUUCUACCGAGCAUGACGAGGACGAGGACGACAAGGAGAACUGGCAAGAAGAGGCAAUUGAAAGCUGCAAAAGAUUAGUAGCUGAACAUUCCUUCCUCAUCCUCCUCCAUAUCUCUAGUGUUAUUUAUACUACUGUUAACGUUCCCUCUUCUUCCCCCACCUACUGGAAUAAACGAGGUGGAGUGGGAGAAUGUCUCAAAAAUUUCAUAAUUUAUUGGACUUUUUCCAUAUCGAGCGAAAACCAAGCGGAGGGGGAUGUAGUCAUGUGUAAGUAUCUACUGAUUUCUUUUAUAAAACAAACAAAAAUUGAAAAAAUCUUUUCCUCUCGAAAAUCUGACGAUUAGUUUCAGUUGAAUUUUUUGUAUGCCUAUUUCGCUGUAAGGUUUCGUUAAAAACGUUUUUUCGACGCUAAAAGCUGUAGGAAAAGUGUAUUUAGAAUAGAGGAUGGCGACGACGACAAUUUGCUGCAGUAUCCAUCUGCCGGGCUAAUAAAACUCUCCCCCUUUCGCCCCUUCCCGUUCUCUCUCUGUCUCUCUGUCUCUCUGACUGUCUGUCUAUCUGUCUCUCUCUCUCUCUCUAUUUCUCUCUUUCGUUCGCUCUUUUACUGUCUGUCUGUGUGUCUGUCUUUCUUUCUUCCCAACACACCACCUCUCACUCUCACUCUCUCUCUUGCUCUUUCUUGCUCUUUCUUGCUCUUUAGUUAUAUCUUUUUACUGCUUUCUAUACGUUUUUUAGUUUUUUCAUUUUUUUUCAGGGAGUUUUCUCAGUUUAUCCCUAUAAAUUCUCUAUCGUAUUUUUAAAGUUAAAGUUUUCCUUCUCCCUCUUUGUUCUCUCCGACAAUAUAUUUCUCUGAAGUGUAUGUGUACGUUGUGUAUACAAAGCUUUUCUUGUAAGUUAUACGUAUGACGUAUAUCAGCAUUCACUAGUAAGAAAAAAAAGAGAGGCCAACCGAAUGAGUAAAUGAGAGCAAGAGUGCGAGAGUGAGAGAGAGUAAACGAGAGCGAAUGAGAUAGAGAAAUCCGCCAGGCACACUGGGCCGCUAAUUUUAGAAGGCUAUAUAGCUACAGUGAUUUUGGUGGUUUGUAGUUGGCCUGGCGCAUGCAUGGAUAGCGAAUGGGGUGGCGAAGCGGGGCCGUAACCGGCCCUUCGUCGGCCCCUCCUCCUUCAUCCGCUAGAAGAUCGAACUUAGAGUCUCUACUAACACCUCGCCGCCCCGCUAGACGCCUGGGCUCUUCACCGUCCGCCGCCUCUUCCCUAGUCAGCGCCGGUAGCGCCUUAUUGGCGGCUACUUGCCACCGUCAAUUAGUACAAGAUGCAAAAGAAGAAGAAGCGUCGUCGUCGUCAUGUCCAAAGGGGUCGUUCCCCAACAAGCUGGCGCCCGACGACGAGCAUAUCGCUUCGGCGGCAGCCGAUGGCGGAUGUACGGACGCGCUCGGCAUGGGAAGUGAGUUCGAAUCGGCCGAACGCGUAGUGAUUAACGUCAGCGGCCUAAGAUUCGAAACGCAACUGAAGACGCUCAACCAAUUCCCGGAUACGCUCCUCGGCGAUCCGCAUAAACGUAACCGUUACUAUGACCCGUUACGGAACGAAUACUUCUUCGACCGGAAUCGGCCUUCUUUCGACGCUAUACUCUACUAUUAUCAAUCUGGGGGACGCCUCCGGCGGCCAGUUAAUGUACCCCUAGAUGUUUUCUCCGAAGAGAUCAAGUUCUACGAAUUAGGUGAAGAGGCGAUUGAAAAAUACAGGGAAGACGAGGGUUUUACAAAGGAAGAGGAAAAGGUUUUACCCACGAAUGAAUUCCAGAAGAAAGUCUGGUUAUUAUUUGAAUACCCAGAAAGUUCUAUGGCCGCCCGUUUAAUAGCCAUCUUCUCCGUUACCGUCAUCCUGCUAUCGAUCGUCAUUUUCUGCCUAGAGACGCUACCGCAAUUCAAACAAUAUCAAUCAACUAACACUUCGGAACUUAGUGAUGUGACAACGGUCAAAAUCGAACCGGAAGAUAUACCGAAAUUCACAGACGCCUUCUUUAUUAUCGAAACGACUUGCAUUGUAUGGUUUACAUCCGAAUUGCUAGUCAGGUUCGCCUCCUGUCCCGAAAAGUUCGGAUUCUUUAAAAAUAUCAUGAAUCUGAUCGAUAUUGUGGCGAUCAUUCCUUAUUUUAUAACGUUAGGUACGGUAAUAGCCGACUCGAAUCAACAGCAGAACAAUCAAGCCAUGUCUCUGGCUAUACUCAGAGUGAUUAGAUUAGUUAGGGUGUUUCGAAUAUUCAAAUUAUCACGACAUUCUAAAGGAUUACAAAUUCUAGGGCAGACCUUAAAAGCCUCAAUGAGGGAAUUAGGACUACUUAUCUUCUUCUUAUUUAUAGGAGUAAUUCUCUUCUCCUCAGCCGUCUACUUCGCCGAAGCCGAUGAGAAAAAGUCACAUUUCAAGAGUAUACCAGACGCCUUUUGGUGGGCUGUCGUAACGAUGACGACGGUCGGCUAUGGCGAUAUGAGACCCGUCUCCGUCUGGGGUAAAUUGGUCGGCUCCCUGUGCGCCAUUACAGGCGUAUUGACCAUAGCCCUACCAGUGCCUGUCAUCGUCUCCAACUUUAACUAUUUCUAUCACCGUGAAACGGACAAUGAGGACAAACAGAACUAUGUGCACGUUCAAAGUUGCCCUAACUUUCCGAGAUCUGUUAAAAAGGAUUCGAAUGCUGGCUCUGAAUCUUGCUCGGAAAUUAUGGAGAUGGAAGAAGGUGUCGUUAUUGUAGGUGGAAAGCAGAAUCACGCCAAUUCAGCUAGCGUUGAAACGGACGUUUAAAAAAAACAAACAAACAAAGUGACAAACUUUAAUAUAUUUA